AUGUUCCCAGAAGAAGUGUUGAAAGAGCCGGCCGUACGUGAUGCAUUCCGCAAGGCCUUGGACAUGAUGAACCGAAGCACGGAUAUCGACUCCAUCGAGCCCCCACCACCGCCUAGUUUCUCCCUCCCUGAACCUAAGGAAACUUCUAAGAUUACCGAAAUUCUCGCCACAACGAACCCUCUCAAGAGCUUCUCCGAACUUCUAGAAACUAGAUGCAUUGAGAGGGGGAUAACUUUUGUCCCCAUUCCGGGCAAAUCAAGGGAGGGCCGGCCUUUGUACAAGAUUGGGGAAUUGCAGUGUUACGUUAUUAGGAAUGUUAUUAUGUACUCGGAUGACGGUGGAAGAUCCUUUGGACCCAUAGGCAUGGAUCGGCUGUUGAAUAUGGUUGAGGACUGA